ACGCAUUUCUCCUCUGUUUUUGCCUCCUUAUAUUAUAUUUAACCCAAACCCAAGACCUUGUUCUAGCCGGAGCAUCUCAGAUGGACGUCCGCCGGCGAUCUCCCAGGCCACCUCGCACAUCCGCCACCACCCACGGCGGAAACUCUCACGGGCAGCAGAUGGAGCAAUCGCCUGGCGUCGAUCAGAGGUCUGCGUCACAGAGUCCCAAGGCAUCCGACGCGCUUCCGCUUCCUCUUUACCUCACCAACGCCAUUUUCUUUACUCUCUUCUUUUCCGUCGCCUACUACCUCCUUCACCGCUGGCGCGACAAGAUCCGUAACUCAACGCCGCUCCACGUCGUCACGCUCUCCGAGAUCGCUGCCAUUGUCUCCCUCAUCGCCUCCUUCAUCUACCUUCUCGGCUUCUUCGGCAUUGACUUUGUCCAGUCCUUCAUCUUACGCGCCUCUCAUGACGCAUGGGACCUUGAAGAUGACGUCGUAGAGCCACCUCAACCGAACUUCCACGACCACCGCCUCGUCACGUGCCCUCCUGCCCCCAGAUUGAUCCAGCCUGACUCUUUUGAUUCUGCUAUUUCCUCAGCGGAAGAUGAAGAGAUAGUCGAAUCUGUUAUAAAUAGAAAGCUUCCGUCCUACUCACUUGAAAAGAAACUGGGGGACUGCAAGAGAGCGGCUGCGAUUCGAAGAGAAGCGUUGCAGAGGAUGACGGGGAGGUCACUGCAGGGACUGCCUCUUGAGGGAUUCGACUACGAGUCUAUUCUGGGGCAGUGCUGCGAAAUGCCGGUGGGAUACGUCCAGAUUCCGGUGGGGAUUGCCGGGCCAUUGCUUCUGGAUGGUUUUGAGUACUCUGUUCCGAUGGCAACUACCGAGGGUUGUUUGGUUGCCAGCGCCAACAGAGGAUGCAAGGCCAUCUAUGUUUCAGGUGGGGCAACGAGCAUGAUCUUGAGGGACGGGAUGGCAAGAGCACCUGUUGUGAGAUUCGCGUCAGCCAGGAGAGCGGCGGAGUUGAAGUUCUUCUUGGAGAAUCCUGAGAAUUUUGAUACACUUGCUGUCGUUUUUAACAAGUCAAGUAGAUUUGCUAGGCUCCAAGGCAUUCAAUGCUCAAUUGCUGGGAAGAAUUUGUACAUACGAUUUACCUGUAGUACAGGGGAUGCAAUGGGGAUGAACAUGGUGUCGAAAGGGGUUGACAAUACCCUUGAAUUCCUGCGAAGAAAUGAUUUUCCUGACAUGGAUGUUAUUGGCAUCUCGGGAAACUUCUGUUCAGACAAGAAAGCUGCUGCAGUAAACUGGAUUGAAGGGCGAGGAAAAUCAGUGGUGUGUGAGGCAAUCAUUAGGGAAGAGGUGGUGAAAAACGUUUUGAAAACCAGCGUUGCUGCACUUGUUGAGCUCAACAUGCUCAAGAAUCUUGCAGGUUCAGCUGUUGCCGGUGCUCUUGGUGGAUUUAAUGCCCAUGCUGGCAACAUUGUCACUGCAGUCUUUAUUGCAACUGGCCAGGACCCGGCGCAAAAUGUUGAGAGUUCCCAGUGUAUUACCAUGAUGGAAGCUGUGAAUGAUGGAAAGGAUCUCCACAUCUCUGUCUCUAUGCCUUCCAUUGAGGUGGGCACUGUUGGUGGUGGGACUCAACUUGCAUCUCAAUCUGCUUGUUUAAAUCUGCUCGGGGUGAAGGGUGCUAGCAAAGACUUGCCCGGUUCAAACUCAAGGCUCUUAGCCUCCAUUGUAGCCGGUUCAGUUCUAGCUGGGGAACUGUCCUUGAUGUCUGCCAUCGCAGCAGGUCAACUUGUUAGUAGCCACAUGAAAUACAAUAGAUCCAGCAAAGAUGUAUCCAAGGUGUCUGCAUGAUGCGGUCCCAUUGCAUCAAUUUAAAUGAAUUAGAAAUAAUAAUUAACAAGAGGUGGAGAGCAAAGACGGAAGAUGGGGUCGGCAAGUUGAAAAGACAGCCUCCCUGUUUCCCAUGUGAAUUGCUUGGCUAAUUCAGCUGUAAAGAUUGCUGAUUGAAGAUGCAGCUGUACUCUAAGUGUAUGGUCUUACCUUAUGUGCUUUUCCUUUCUCUCUCUCUCUCUUUGUUGGUUGCGUGUCUAUCAUCAUGUGCUUGUGGUUUGGGACCAAAGCAUUUGUUGUCUUCAUCUUUGUCUUUUUCUUCUUCUUAGGAUUUGGUCUGUAAUUGCCUCACCUCUAUGCUUUAUGUAUAUUUUUAUUUAUGAAGUGUUAAGUUUCACCAU